GAAGCAAACUUUCCUGAGAGAAAGCGAGGAUUUGAUACCUGUGGUGUUUAAAGAUCCUGCUAUGGAGAUGGGGACAAGUUCAUCAGCAUCGUCCGGACCUCAAUACGAGGUUUUUCUAAGCUUUCGGGGAGUCGACACUCGUCAUGGAUUCACUGAUUGUCUCUACCAUAGCAUGGUUGAGGCUGGGGUUCUUGUCUUUAGGGACAAUGAAUCCCUCCGUGUCGGUAAAAAAAUGGUGGUGAACUUGCACAAGCAAUUGAGAACUCCAAAAUCUACAUUCCCAUAUUCUCCAAAAAUUAUGCUUCAAGUCAUUGGUGCCUCCGAGAGCUCACAUAUAUGGUUGAGUGCACCUCCAAAUCAAAUAAGAACAAAGAGAUUCUGCCCAUUUUCUUGGAUGUGGAACCUGAAGACAUCAAGCUCAAAACAGACUUAUAUAACCGAGCUCUUUCAAAGCACUGGGCAAAGUUUAGUGCGGAAGUGGAGUCAUGGGAAAAAGUUCUCAAGGAGGUGGAUGAGAUAAAGGGAUGGAACUUGAAGAAAGAUCAAGGGUAACUGCCUUUAACUUGUCAACUGCCAUCUGUAAAUUUCGUUUUCCUCCCAGUUCGGUUUAAUUGUUGUAUUGUUGGUGAAAAUAUAGUUUACUCAUCUAGUCGAUUUUAUAUAGUUCAAAAAAUGGUCGCGGCAAUGGCUGCUGCUGCUUUCGGCCACUACAGCGGCGAGAAAGGAAUUCUCACUGGUGGCCCCUAUCGGCGUUAGCGUUGCAAUAGCUCCAGUGAAUGGCACCAUUGCGGUGGUAGCGCACCCUUCUUAUCCUGAUUCUCUCUCCUCAUAUUCUCAGUCUCUGACACAGUAGCCACAAAUAGUAAUAGAUCCCCGAAGAGCUCCACCAAACUGUUGGCCAGCCACCGCAGCAGCUCGUCCGUCAGUCACCGCUACUUCUUCGUCGCCAGCCCAACACCAAGCAGCCAGAAGCUGCCUCUGAGCCAUUCUGCCCCCACACUUUCUCUCUUUCAUUCACUGUGGCGAGUUGGAUCCGGGAUCUCGACGACCAUAUCCAACGUCGCUGACUUUGGCCCACGGCUGAUCACACCAUCCCCGGAAUUGCAAGGACCACGACCCAGGUGACGUGGAGAAUUGAGGCAAGGUCAAGAUGGCCAGUCAACGGGCACAACGGGCGACGACACUGAAAUGCGAUGGUGACGGUGCAGGGAGGCGAGCGACGUUGGUGCAGUGGCAGGGGCCAAUGGUGAUGGUGACCGAAGUUGGGGAGCGGAGAAAGAUUGGCAAAAAAUCAUAAUCGUAUUGGUGUCUAGAAUUUUUGCCAAAUUUCCACAUAAUGUGAGAGCAAGUUAGUUACUUUGGGAGUAGUUUUGCAUAUAAAGUUAUCCCUAACAUGUUUGUUACCUUAUGGCAGCCAAGGAGAUCUUAUAUGUUCAGUAAUUCGAACGAUUUCAGUUAAGCUGAAGGUUGCAUAUGAAAAUGUAACUGAACAUCUAGUUGGAGUUGAUGAUCGCGUAGAAGAUAUAAUCAAAAUGUUGGAAGUGGGAUUUGAUAGUGUACAAUUUCUUGGAAUCCAUGGAAUGGGCGGUGUUGGCAAAACAACUCUUGCUAAGAUCGUCUUCAACACACUAUCUUCUAGCUUUGACCGAUGUUGUUUCCUUGUAGACGUUGGGGAAUCAUCAAAAGGCAAUAAUGGUUUGGUAAAUUUGCAAAAACAACUGUUAUCCAAGCUCAUUGGUUCUCAUUCUAAUGACCAAAUUUAUCAAGUGAAUGAUGGGAUCAACAAGCUUAACGGGGGAGUACUUAAAGAAAAAAAAGUUCUCAUUGUUCUUGAUGAUGUGGAUGAGAAGGAGCAACUAAGAUGUCUGGCAGAAAAAGGUAGUUGGUUUGGUUCUGGUAGUAGGAUUAUCAUAACUACUAGGGAUCAACGUGUCCUAAUGACUGAGGAAGAAGCAACAAGUGAAGGCCCCGUAAAAAAGCCAACAAAAUUUUCCACUUAUGAUGUACAGGAAAUGACAUUUGGUCAUGCUCUUAAGCUUUUUAGUAGGAAUGCCUUUAGAAGAGACUCUCCACCAAAUCAUUGUGUCCACCUUUCUGAAGAAAUUGUCCAUACUUUGGGAAAGCUUCCUCUAGCUCUUGAGAUUGUAGGUUCAUCCCUUCUAGGUAAAUCCAAAGCAUUAUGGAUAGACACAUUGAAGAAGCUAAAAGAAGCUCCUCCCAUGGAAGUCCAAAGAAAAUUGAGGAUAACUUAUGAAAGGUUAGAUCUUGCACAAAAGGAAGUAUUUCUGGAUGUGGCUUGUUUUUUUGUUAAUCAAGACAAAACAAGCCCUUUCUACAUGUGGGAUGCAUGUGGAUACCACCCACACAUUGCCAUUGAUGUCCUCCUUUGUAUGUCCUUGAUAAAACUCAAAGAUGACAAUACUUUCUGGAUGCAUGACCAAGUGCGAGAUCUUGGAAGGGAAAUUGUCCGUCAAGAGAACUUCACCGAUCCCUGUGAGCGUAGUAGAGUGUGGAACUAUCACGAAGCCCUAAGUAUUCUAAAGGAAAAAGAGGGAAGUAGGAAAAUAAAAGCAAUGUCACUAGAAGGAUAUUGUGGAUUUCAUGAAGACAUUCUAACAUGUGAUGAAGUUGCUCAGUUACAAAAGCUGAGGUUCUUUCGAGGGGAUCGGCUGUUGCUUGUUGGAGACUUCAAUAAUCUUCUCUGCAGUUUAAAAUGGCUUUCUUGGAGAUAUUACUCUGACAAGUUUGAGGCAACAAACUUUCAUCCAACUAACUUAGUCAUUCUUGACCUUUCGUGGAGCCAUUUUUCGGAGAAAUGGAUUGGCUGGGAACAACUUAGAGCAACAAGGAAACUUAAAGUACUAGAUCUUAGCCACUGUAGAUACUUAAGGAGAACACCUGAUUUAUCUAUGUGGGUGUUCUUGGAGAGAUUGAUUCUUGAAGGGUGUUACCAGUUAAUUGAAGUUGACCCAUCCAUUGGUAUAUUGAAGUCCCUAACUACUUUGAACUUGAAGAAUUGUUUUUCUCUUCGAGAGUUGCCGGAAGAAAUAGGAUGUCUACAAGCUUUGACAGAGAUCGUCAUGCCUAAUAGGCUACAUGAACUUCCGCAAACGUUUGGUAAUUUGCAAUCUUUGUUGAAGUUCAAUGUACCAAAUAGGCAAAUCAACAAAUUCCCAUACUCAAUUGGAGGGCUGGUGAAAAUUAGGCGGCUAGAUUUAUUGAAUUGCACAAAGAUAAAGGAACUUCCAUAUUCGGUUGGGAAUUUAAAAUCAUUAGUCGAGUUGCAUUUGUCAUUGACAAGUAUUGGUCAUCUACCUGAUUCGAUCAGCAAUCUAAAGCAAUUGAAAGUACUAAAGAUAAACGGCAUAAGAGGGAUAACAAAAUUACCAAGUACGAUUGGGCUGAUAGAGAAGCUUGAAGAGUUAGAUGCUAGAGGAUGUUGCAACUUGACCAAUGAAAUCCCUGAAGAAAUUGGGAGACUCUCUCGUUUGAGAAUCCUAGACUUAUCAGACACACGUAUAUCUGGAUUACCCACCACACUGAGUCACCUCUCUAAUCUCCAAAUACUUAAGCUACAAAAAUGUCCUGAGCUUAAAAAAUUGCCGGAACUUCCUCCAAGUUUGACUUGUUUGAGGUGGGGCCUUAAAAAUUGCUGGUGUUCCUCCGCAGAGGAGAGGAAAUAUGAGCUGGAGGAAUAUUGGCAGGAGGAAGAUCAAGCUCUUCCCACUAAAAUUGGUGCCCUAUCUCAACACAAAACACUUGUCACCACUCUUCCCACUAGCAUUGGUAUGCUGUCUCAGCUUAAAACACUAAAAUUGUGCUGCAAAUAUUUGCAAUUCCUCCCCCAGCUCCCGUCUAGUUUAAGAGAGUUACAACUUCGAGAUCUGGCGACCACACCAUCACUGGAUUUUUCAAAUUUGAAAGACUUGUCAAUCUUGAAAUUCUAUAGAUGUUCGCUAGAAUUCUCUAGUAUAUUUGAUGUAGAGUCGGAGGAACUCCGUAUGGAGCGCUGUGAGCUUAGAAAAGCGGAUGCGCCAUUGCAGCUGGAAAUGAAAAGAUUGAGAUUAUUAGAGAUGGCCUGGUGUGAGUUCCUUCCAGAAGUACUUGAUAUGUCGCGCAUGAAGAAUUUACACAAGGUAAGUAUGGUAGCUUGCUUUUCAUUAGUCGAGAUUUGUGGCCUUGAAGAAUUGGGAUUGCUUUGCUCCCUAUCAGUUGUCAAUUGCCCUUCCGUGGAGAGAAUGUUAGACCUAUCGAAAUUGAAAAAGCUAUCGGAGCUCGAAGUACAAUAUUGUCGUAAGCUAAAAAGCGUGCAAGUUCUCAACAACUUGGAAUCUUUAAAGGUGCGGAAAUUGGGUGUGAAGAAUAUAUUGCCUAGUUUUCCGAGUCGCCGCUACUUCAGUCACAGUCCCCGUCGCCUCUAGGGGCCCCAUCGGCAGCUGGAAUAAGCAACACCAAGUUUUGCAACAGAACUUGCACCGGUAAUUCUAAAUUGCACACUAAAUGUUUGUGCAAUCACCUCUUUCCCUGUUCAGAUCUAGAUAUGGCGUUUUAUUACAUAGGUUUGAUGGGUGAAGUUUUUGGUGUUGAGCUAAUUG